UAUUUGUAACACUGAAAAAUUUAGCGAAAAUGGAGCACCCUCCAGCGGUGGAAGUAAGGGUAUUUUCGUCCAACGAAUCCCCGUCUUGGCGCUUCAUCAACUUCAUCUCCCGCCACAGUGAUUGAAGGCUCGAAACCCUCGAGGCAAAAAGCCCUAAAAGCCCUCCAGUAGACAAAGACAGAGAGCUUGACAGGCGACGGCCAUGGCGGACGCCCACUUCGAGGUAGGCGACGAGGUGGAGGUCACAUCCCCAAUCCACAACAUGCGCGGCACCACAUUCCCGGCGAAAAUCGUCGCCAAGUCGAGAACCAAAUCGAAAUUCAAAGUCGAAUACAACAGAGCGAAGGCUCGGAUCGAUCGCAAGAUCGGCGGCGGCCACAAGGGUGGCAAUGCAGCCUUGAGGGAAGAGGUCGACGCUGCGCUCCUCCGUCCGUCGCCGCCGCGAGAGAGCGACUACCGGUUCAAAUUAGGCGACGUGGUUGACGCCUUCUUUUGCGGCGGGUGGUGGGAGGGCGUCGUAGUCACUGACGUCUUGGUGGACAACACGUUCGGGGUUUACUUCCGGUUCGCCAAGGAGAAGUUUGAGUUCGAGCCGGAGGAACUACGCCUUCACCGGGAGUGGGUCAAUGGGUCCUGGAUCCCACCUCUUCAACAAGGAGAUGUCUUAGAUGCCGAAGAAGCAAAGAUUCGGAUGAAAGAGGAAUUGAUCGAAGGAACAGCGGUUGAGGUUUGCACUGACGAAGAUGGAUUUCAAGGUGCUUGGUUUGCUGCAAAUAUUGUCGAAGUAAUGGAAAAGGACAAGUUUCUCAUUCGAUAUAAGGCAAUAAAAACAGAUGAUAACAGAGAGUUGUUGACGGAAGAGGUCGACGCAAUGCACGUAAGGCCUCGUCCUCCAAAAGUUGUUGUGGCUGGAAGUUUCAGUCUGACGGAAGAGGUUGAUGCUUUCUAUAAUGAUGGCUGGUGGGAAGGUGUGAUACGCAAGGUCCUUCACGGCCGAAGGUACAAAGUUUACUUCAAAGGUACAGACGACGAACUGCUGCUUCAGCACUCUGAUUUGAGGCCACGCCAGGAUUGGAUAGAUAGAACAUGGGUUAUGGCUUCUCAGGCAUUGAAGCAUUGAUCGGUGGUCAUCGCCAAAAGCAUUACAUCAGGAGGUGGUGUACAUUUUUGUGGAGUUCUUGGCACGUCUGGUCGUAGACUCUGCAGUCCUUGGACGUGAUUUUAAUGACAUGGUUCCCUCGUGUUGAAAGCUUAAGCCCAUGUUAAGAGAGAAGUGGUUAGGAAACGAUCCAAUCUCAACCUUGGAAACCAUUUUUUCUUUUGUACUAGCGUUUUGUUCUUUUACAGUAAAUUAUCCGAGUCAUUUUUCGUU